AGAGUUGGUUCAAGUUAGAAGGAUGUGAAAAACAAAAUAGAUCGCAAGCAUCGUCGUCUCUUCAUCAAGAUAUCUCCAAUUCGAUUCUCAUCUCACCUGUAACUAUAUUUUUAGGUUCAGGAGCUAAACAUCUUGUUUCCUUAACUCGGAAUAAUCAUGGGCUUCUGGACACUGAUGGAAGGAUUGCUACUAUUCGCAAACGCACUGGCUAUCCUCAACGAAGACCGUUUUCUAGCUCCCAAAGGAUGGACACUUGCAGAGCUCCACCAAACAGGCAAAAGAAACUCUCUCAAAGGCCAAAUCAUUGGUCUCAUCCACGCCUGCCAUUACAUGAGGCUUCCUCUCAUGCUCUUUAACUUAAUUGUCAUUGUCUUUAAGCUUUUCUCCGGUUAAUAUGAUCAAAACCCCUUUUUUGAAUAAUUUUUUUCAAUCCACAACAUUUCUUGUUCUUGUCCCUUGCUAAAGAUUAAGCAGUUUCUUGUUUGAUU